AUGAAAUCAAAUAUAUUGAACACUGGCUCUCUUCCUGAAAAAAAGCCAACCGUUUAUUUAAAUGACGGAUAAGGAAGGGAUACUUAUAUUUCUUAUAACAAUGGUGGAAAUUUUGCCCAAGAAUUUAGAUUUUUAGUAUCACCCAAAGAGCCAACUUCUUUAAGAUUGAAAUACAAUUUCAGUAUUUAAUAAGACCAUUCAACACCUAGAAUUAAUUACUAAGGAGAUGGAACAGGAAGAGAUACAUAUAUUUUGUAAUAUUUUAUUUUUAUUUUAACUAGAUAAAAUGUAAAAGAUAAAUGCAGCUCAGGAUAACUUAAUUAUAAAAAAAUGCUUAGAAGUGAAACCAAUUUGGGUAUAUAUCAAAAAAAUAGAUAUUAAUUACCCCCUUUGGUUAAAUAAAAAAUGAACUUGGUAUAUAAAUUAUAGAAAGUCUAAUCUAGUAGAUUAUCAAUGCCAAAAGGUAAACUAUUUUUCAAUGAAGAGUGAUUCUCUUUAUUUAUAUACAAAAUUAUCAU